UUCUCUGCAUCGCAUUUCUCUCCAUCUGCUGGGAGUAAGGUUUUAGCGACAGAAUAGGCUCCCCUGCCCAGGAACGGCUUAGACGGCAGUCUGCUGAAGCCAACGAAAGCAAAACGACUGAAUCAGGGACAGCAGCGGUGACAGACAGACAGACUUCCCAACAAAAUGUCAUCAGAACCCUCUACCCAGUGAUGUCGUCAGAACCCUCUACCCAGUGAUGUCAUCAGAACCCUCUACCCAGUGAUGUCAUCAGAACCCUCUACUCAGUGAUGUCGUCAGAACCCUCUACCCAGUGAUGUCAUCAGAACCCUCUACCCAGUGAUGUCGUCAGAACCCUCUACCCAGUGAUGUCAUCAGAACCCUUUACCCAGUGAUGUCAUCAGAACCCUCUACCCAGUGAUGUCAUCAGAACCCUCUACCCAGUGAUGUCGUCAGAACCCUCUACCCAGUGAUGUCAUCAGAACCCUCUACCCAGUGAUGUCAUCAGAACCCUCUACCCAGUGAUGUCAUCAGAACCCUUUACCCAGUGAGCUCAAGGUCAAACCAAGGUCACAGGUGGAAAGUAGGAGUGAAAAAAGGAAGGAUGUGAGAGAUGAUAUUUCAUUCUCUUGUUCCCUGGCUAUAACAAAGACUCAGAAAGCACCCAUAGAGAGAGAGAGAAAGAAGAAGAGAGAAAGAGGGAGAAGAGCGAGAGAGGGAGAAGAGAGAGAAAUAAGAAGAGAGAGAGAAGUAAACAAUAGAAGGAAAAAGAAAGAGAGAGAAAGGAGGAGGAGAACACACAAAUCCAUUAAUGGCAGCAGAACCCGAGAGGUGUCUUUGAGAUUGCCUGAAGGACCCUUCCUCCGCUAUGAGUGUCCCAGCUGGUCUCCAGAGUCUGCCUGUCAGCGGACGAGACAUAAAAAACAACAACAACAAAUCUCAUGUCCUGUUUCACCCUCCGACUGGAGAUGCUAACGCUAACCAGCUAGUGCUAAUGGGGGAGAACCCAGACGACCAGGCCUCCAGCCCUCUACCCCCCCUGGUGGCCCAGAGCGAAGCCCAGGACAAGCUUCUUAUCUGGGGCACGGAGGAGCGAUGUCUGAACCAUGACAUCCAGAAGUUGGAACUGCUUGAGUGUCGCGAGAUACACACCUUCCAUGGAGAUGGAGGUGGGGAUGGAAAGAGAGUAGGAGAGGAUGAGGAGGAUGAUGAUGAAGGAGAGGAUUCUAACGGAGGAGCAGGUGAAGGACUGCUGUCGAUGUCUUCCAGCUCCACGGCCAGCUGUGUUUCUGUUCACAGGAACGAUAACGAUAGCAAUGGGGGGGACAGAGGGAUGGAUAGACAAAAAGAGGUAGGGAGAGAGAGAGAGAUGCUCCGUCAGGACCUCAACUACGGCGGCCCUCGAUCAGAAGGAGGUAAAGAGACGGGAGGAGGAGGAGGAGGAGGAGGAGGAGGAGAGCAGAACAGCGGGGGUGACAGAGGGAGUCUCUGUGUGUCUGCUGUGUCCACCCUGAGUAGCAAUCUGGACCCUACUGGACAACCAUUGACCUCUAACCCGAAUCCCACUACCUCAGCCAAGAGAAGGGCUCCCCCUGUCGGCCUGAACUCCACAGCAGCACCACACUCUCAGGACACUCCUAACCUGGCAGGACUUCAGUACUCGACGUCACCUGACCAAGAAGUACAUCAUCAGUACCAGGAAACAUCUAACCUGGAAGUAGAACUGUCGAGGGGUCAAAGUGGCCAAAGUGCGACAGAGGAGGGGUCUACACGGGAUGUUACCACUCAAAGACAGGACGUGGGGUGUUACCAGGGAAACAGCAUUUUGUCCUCCUCAGAUGGAGGGAUAGGACAGAGGAAAAAGGGAGUAGGGCCUCCUCCUCCUCGCAGGCAACAGCUCGUCCGACCUCUCUGUCAGUUGGAACCAGGAAGAGGGAGGAGCUUAGCUGAGCCAAUCACAAGACGGCGUUCCUCGACCUCUCCCUCCCAGUCUCCAGAUGCAGGUCAUAAGGUCGUGGACCCAGGUCACCACGGGGUCGACGGCAGGCAAACACAAGAGACCCUAGAGGUAAAGAGUUCAAUGGUCAACUGUAGCAAUUACUCCCACCCCCAUUACCGGCCCAGUUCCUGCCUCGGAGCUCCCCAGCCCAGCCAGGCCAGCCAGUCUGCCCAGAGAGAGGCUCGUUCCCUGGAUAGACGUGGGAUCAGCUCAGAGCGUACCUCCAGCCUGGAGAGGAGACAUCAGUACCAGGACCAGUCUCAGCUCAGAUACCAUAGAACUAACCGCUGUGGGGUUACCGUCACCUCUCAACCACACUCACACACACCCCCUCGCUCCCCACUCGGAACCCCACAGGGGUCACCACGGAGACAACAACAACAACAGCCGAUGUCCCCUUCGAGGAUUAUUACAGGUUCAGCUAGGUAUCCCCAGGGCUAUGGUAGCAAUGGGCUUAGACCACCUCUCAAAUCUAACCUCGCUUCUACAGGGAUACCCAUACCUCCUCUACACCACCAGGCCCCUAACCCCAGCCACAGCCCCGCAAAGCCCAAAGGAGUGCGGCCCAAAAUCAUCACCUACAUCCGGAAGGGUCCUCAACUCAAACCCCAGGCUUCAGACGGGCCUUACCAGGUCUCCUCCUUGCCCUCCAGGCUCUCUGCCUAUACACAUACACACUCCCCUGCCACACACACACCUCAGAAGCACUCUUCUAGCUCCAAAACGCACACUAACACACACUCCCGCGGCAUAGCGUCCAGAAACACACCGGUCCUGAGUGCCUCCAACCUCCUCUAUGACAAAUACAGACAGGAGAUGCAGAAAAACCGUCUGUUCAACUCUGGUAUGAUGGGAACGGGGAUCCGAUCCCAUGGCCACACACACACUGUCCCCCCGACACACACACAGUUUGGCUCUCACACACACACCCACACACACACUGGAGCCCACACUCGCAGCCACACAGCCCCUCCGAAGCUGGGCAGCAAGGCUGAGAGCUUCUAUGGACCACUGGUGGACAAGUACCAACCAGCAGAGAUGGGUAGAAAUGCGGGCAGUCUUGGUAGCGAGGACCCCUCAGGCCCCAGGAUGGCAACCCAGACGGCUCAAGCCGGCGGCAGUGGCAGUCUGCUCCGCUCUGGCAUAGGGAUACGCCCGCAACUGGGUCUGGGAGCUGUUGCACGGGCAACCCCGGGGUCUGUCGUUGUCACAGCAACCAAGAACCAGAUGAUGGUUCAGGGUCAGAGGACAACACUGGGAUUCAGUCAACCAGUGCAGGCCGUCAGCCCAGCGACCAAUCAGAAUGGACAGGACAACACAGGUGACCAGCACAGACCCUCGCCAACCCCAGCUCUGUCCCAGACCCCCAGAACUCUGCUCCCUAAAUGCAGUCAGUCAGCUCUGCGUGCUCCAGGGUUCAGCUCUGUGUGUCUCCCACCUGGACAAUCUGGUGCCCCUGGAGCUGGUCGUCUGGCCGCGUUCGGCUUCAUACGGAGCUCCAGUGUCUCAUCUGUGUCCUCUCUCCACUCUGUUGAGAGCACCCCGUCUGACCCCUGUCGACGGCCCAGUGUGUGUGUGGACCCUCCCCUCUACAGAGUGACCAGCCCCCCCUGUACAGACCCCCAGAGAGGAGGGGGACCCCCAAACUAUACCACCCGUAGCCUACAGCCCCCAUCUACCCCGGCCCUGCCUCGAAGAUACCUGCCUGCUCAGCCCAGAGGGUCACCUAUUGGUGUGAGGAAGGAGUUCCCGAGGAGUUCUGAGAUCACAAGGUCCCUCCCUUCCUCUCCUAAGAGGCUGGCUGUGGUGCCUCCUAAACCCCAGUCACCAGGUGAGAUCACAGGGUCCCUCCCUUCCUCUCCUAAGAGGCUGGCUGUGGUGCCUCCUAAACCCCAGUCACCAGGUGAGAUCACAGGGUCCCUCCCUUCCUCUCCUAAGAGGCUGGCUGUGGUGCCUCCUAAACCCCAGUCACCAGGUGAGAUCACAGGGUCCCUCCCUUCCUCUCCUAAGAGGCUGGCUGUGGUGCCUCCUAAACCCCAGUCACCAGGUGAAUUCACAGGGUCCCUCCCUUCCUCUCCUAAGAGGCUGGCUGUGGUGCCUCCUAAACCCCAGUCACCAGGUGAGAUCACAGGGUCCCUCCCUUCCUCUCCUAAGAGGCUGGCUGUGGUGCCUCCUAAACCCCAGUCACCAGGUGAGAUCACAGGGUCCCUCCCUUCCUCUCCUAAGAGGCUGGCUGUGGUGCCUCCUAAACCCCAGUCACCAGGUGAGAUCACAGGGUCCCUCCCUUCCUCUCCUAAGAGGCUGGCUGUGGUGCCUCCUAAACCCCAGUCACCAGGUGAGAUCACAGGGUCCCUCCCUUCCUCUCCUAAGAGGCUGGCUGUGGUGCCUCCUAAACCCCAGUCACCAGGUGAGAUCACAAGGUCCCUCCCUUCCUCUCCUAAGAGGCUGGCUGUGGUGCCUCCUAAACCCCAGUCACCAGGUGAGAUCACAGGGUCCCUCCCUUCCUCUCCUAAGAGGCUGGCUGUGGUGCCUCCUAAACCCCAGUCACCAGGUGAGAUCACAGGGUCCCUCCCUUCCUCUCCUAAGAGGCUGGCUGUGGUGCCUCCUAAACCCCAGUCACCAGGUGAGAUCACAAGGUCCCUCCCUUCCUCUCCUAAGAGGCUGGCUGUGGUGCCUCCUAAACCCCAGUCACCAGGUGAGAUCACAGGGUCCCUCCCUUCCUCUCCUAAGAGGCUGGCUGUGGUGCCUCCUAAACCCCAGUCACCAGGUGAGAUCACAGGGUCCCUCCCUUCCUCUCCUAAGAGGCUGGCUGUGGUGCCUCCUAAACCCCAGUCACCAGGUGAGAUCACAGGGUCCCUCCCUUCCUCUCCUAAGAGGCUGGCUGUGGUGCCUCCUAAACCCCAGUCACCAGGUGAGAUCACAGGGUCCCUCCCUUCCUCUCCUAAGAGGCUGGCUGUGGUGCCUCCUAAACCCCAGUCACCAGGUGAGAUCACAGGGUCCCUCCCUUCCUCUCCUAAGAGGCUGGCUGUGGUGCCUCCUAAACCCCAGUCACCAGGUGAGAUCACAGGGUCCCUCCCUUCCUCUCCUAAGAGGCUGGCUGUGGUGCCUCCUAAACCCCAUUCACCAGGUGAGAUCACAGGGUCCCUCCCUUCCUCUCCUAAGAGGCUGGCUGUGGAGCCUCCUAAACCCCAGUCACCAGGUGAGAUCACAGGGUCCCUCCCUUCCUCUCCUAAGAGGCUGGCUGUGGUGCCUCCUAAACCCCAGUCACCAGGUGAGAUCACAGGGUCCCUCCCUUCCUCUCCUAAGAGGCUGGCUGUGGUGCCUCCUAAACCCCAGUCACCAGGGUCCCUCCCUUCCUCUCCUAAGAGGCUGGCUGUGGUGCCUCCUAAACCCCAGUCACCAGGUGAGAUCACAGGGUCCCUCCCUUCCUCUCCUAAGAGGCUGGCUGUGGUGCCUCCUAAACCCCAGUCACCAGGUGAGAUCACAGGGUCCCUCCCUUCCUCUCCUAAGAGGCUGGCUGUGGUGCCUCCUAAACCCCAGUCACCAGGUGAGAUCACAGGGUCCCUCCCUUCCUCUCCUAAGAGGCUGGCUGUGGUGCCUCCUAAACCCCAGUCACCAGGUGAGAUCACAGGGUCCCUCCCUUCCUCUCCUAAGAGGCUGGCUGUGGUGCCUCCUAAACCCCAGUCACCAGGUGAGAUCACAGGGUCCCUCCCUUCCUCUCCUAAGAGGCUGGCUGUGGUGCCUCCUAAACCCCAGUCACCAGGUGAGAUCACAGGGUCCCUCCCUUCCUCUCCUAAGAGGCUGGCUGUGGUGCCUCCUAAACCCCAGUCACCAGGUGAGAUCACAGGGUCCCUCCCUUCCUCUCCUAAGAGGCUGGCUGUGGUGCCUCCUAAACCCCAGUCACCAGGUGAGAUCACAAGGUCCCUCCCUUCCUCUCCUAAGAGGCUGGCUGUGGUGCCUCCUAAACCCCAGUCACCAGGUGAGAUCACAGGGUCCCUCCCUUCCUCUCCUAAGAGGCUGGCUGUGGUGCCUCCUAAACCCCAGUCACCAGGUGAGAUCACAGGGUCCCUCCCUUCCUCUCCUAAGAGGCUGGCUGUGGUGCCUCCUAAACCCCAGUCACCAGGUGAGAUCACAGGGUCCCUCCCUUCCUCUCCUAAGAGGCUGGCUGUGGUGCCUCCUAAACCCCAGUCACCAGUCCUCCCCAGGCAGCGUCCAGCAACAACCGCCAGAGGGUCAGUUCCCCCCGGCUCCCCUCGGCGGGUUCCCCCCUUCAGGCCAAAGCAGGAGCAGCAGGAGAACCUGCAGAGGGAGAAAGAGGAGGCGCAGUUGAAAGAGAGAGAGAGGGAGGAGCAGGAGAGGGAGCAGGAGAGGGAGAAACAGAGGGAGGAGGUCCAGAGGCUUCAGAAUCGCUGUGUGGCGCAGGAGGACCAGCUGACAUCACUGAGAGAGGAACUGAGGAAGACUACGCUAGGACUACAAGCCUUCAUCAUUACUUCCCAACACUACUGUCUACAGAAUGAGAGCGCUACAGAGAAGGAGAAAGAGCUCUCCCUGGAGAUCCAGAGGAUCAGACAGGAAGUCGCUUCUAACACCAACCAAUGGGAGAGGCUGCAAAAGGAGAAGGCGGAGCUGGAGGUGGGGUUUGAGCGGGAGCUCGAGGAGCUGCAGCUGCAGCAGGAGGAGGAGCUAGCGGCGGUGGAGGCGGAGCUAAGGGUCUGUCACUCAAAGGAGACGGAACACCUGAGGGCGGAGCAUCAGGAAGAGGUGGAGGAGAUCAGGACCCAGCAGCAGGAGCAGAUGGAUGAGCUGACGGUGAACCACGAGGCGGCCAUUCAGGAGCUGAGGGACAUGCACAACAUUACCAUGACAACGCUGUACGAGGAGCAUGCGCGCACCAUGAGGGACCUAAGGAAGGCUCAUGAGCAGCAGAAGGUAACUCUGGAAGAAGACUUUGAGAAGCUCAGACUCUCUCUGCAGGACCAGGUGGACACUCUGUUGUUCCAGAAGAGUAGCCUGAGGGACAAGGCCAAGCGCUUCGAAGAGGCACUGAGAAGAAGCACCGAUGAACAGAUAGUGGAUACCCUAGCCCCAUACCAGCACAUUGAAGAGGAUUUGAAGAGCUUGAAGGAUGUUGUGGAGAUGAAGAACAACCAGAUACACCAACAGGAGAAGAAGAUCUCAGACCUGGAGAGAGUGGCCCAGAAGAACGUUGUGUUAGAGGAACGGAUGCAGGUGCUACAGCAGCAGAACGAAGACCUGAUGGCCCGUAUAGACAAUAACCUAGCCCUGUCCAGGCAACUCUCAGAGGAGAACGCUAACCUGCAGGAGAAUGUAGAGAAGGAAAAUGGAGAGAAGAAACGACUGAGCCGUAACAAUGAGGAGCUUCUCUGGCGGCUACAGACCUCCCCUCUCUGCUCCCCCUGCUCUUCACCCAUCCACCGCUCAUUCUCCACCUCCCCCACUCCGUCUUCCUGCCUCUUUUCCUCCUCCUCUCCCGGGAUGGGAGGAGGUACGCUGUUCGACGCCCCCUCUCACUACUGUGGAGGAUACCUGCCCCCAGCACCUACACAUGGCUACUCCCCUAGUCACAGAGAGAAUCAGAAUCAGUCUCCAGGGCCGGCCACGCCAACUCACAGAGGAUUCUCCAAUCAGAAUCAGUCUCCAGGACCGGCCACGCCAACUCACAGAGGAUUCUCCAAUCAGAAUCAGUCUCCAGGACCGGCGACGCCUACUCACCGAGUGUCACCCAAUCACUGUCACUCGCCUGCUCGGCUCAACCCCCUCAUGAGAUGAGGGGGUUGAGCCUGUCUUUCUUUCUUUCUUUCUUUAAAUUUUCAUCUCUUUUCUGUUAAUCUCUCGUGGACAGACUACUUAGACAUAAAUGGUAGUGUACAUCUGUCAUGAUACAAUGGAAUGUGUGAGAUAACUAGCAGCAUUAGUUCAGGUGUUUUGGACAAAAAUCACUAUUUUCGCUGGUGAUAUCGUCUAUCAAAAGUGGAGGGGACAUUUGACCCAUAACUUGCAUAAAGACAGGGUGGAGCUCUUUGUUCCUUCUCUUAACACAUACUGUAUGAAUCCAGAAUUUAAUCGAACAUCUAACCAGUCACGUAAAUUCUGGUUUAACCAACUUUCCUGAUAUAAUGUUGCACAAGGUUUAAGCUCUAGAUAAGAUGGGUGUUCUCUCCAGCUACUACGGCUGUAAGAAAAGACAAAAGACAGAACUCCACUAGCAUCGCUAAUAUACUCUUAACAAUGCCUUUCUGCUAGCCACUCGUUGGCUAACCCCACUAGCAUCUCUGUAGCCAUUGACCCAGGCUAGCUGACCUAGCCACUCGAUGGCUAACUCCACUAGCAUCUCUGUAGCCAUUGACCCAGGCUAGCUGACCUAGCCUCUUGUUGGCUAACCCCACUAGCAUCUCUGUAGCCAUUGACCCAGGCUAGCUGACCUAGCCUCUCGAUGGAUAGCUCCACUAGCAUCUCUGUAGCUAUAGACUAAGACUAGCUGACCUAGCCUCUUGAUGGCUAACUCCACUAGCAUCUCUGUACCUAUAGACUAAGACUAGCUGACCUAGCCUGUUGAUGGCUAACUCCACUAGCAUUUCUGUAGCUAUAGACUAAGACUAGCUGACCUAACCUGUCGAUGGCUAACUCCACUAGCAUCUCUGUACCCAUAGACUAAGCCUAGCUGACCUAGCCUGUUGAUGGCUAACUCCACUAGCAUCUCUGUAGCUAUAGACUAAGACUAGCUGACCUAGCCUGUUGAUGGCUAACUCCACUAGCAUCUCUGUACCCAUAGACUAAGCCUAGCUGACCUAGCCUGUUGAUGGCUAACUCCACUAGCAUCUCUGUACCCAUAGACUCAUACUAGCUGACCUAGCCUGUUGAUGGCUAACUCCACUAGCAUCUCUGUACCUAUAGACUAAGACUAGCUGACCUAGCCUGUUGAUGGCUAACUCCACUAGCAUCUCUGUACCCAUAGACUAAGCCUAGCUGACCUAGCCUGUUGAUGGCUAACUCCACUAGCAUCUCUGUACCCAUAGACUAAGCCUAGCUGACCUAGCCUGUUGAUGGCUAACUCCACUAGCAUCUCUGUACCUAUAGACUAAUACUAGCUGACCUAGCCUGUUGAUGGCUAACUCCACUAGCAUCUAUGUACCUAUAGACUAAGCCUAGCUGACCUAGCCUGUUGAUGGCUAACUCCACUAGCAUCUCUGUACCUAUAGACUAAGACUAGCUGACCUAGCCUGUUGAUGGCUAACUCCACUAGCAUCUCUAUACCUAUAGACUAAGACUAGCUGACCUAGCCUGUUGAUGGCUAACUCCACUAGCAUCUCUGUACCUAUAGACUAAGCCUAGCUGACCUAGCCUGUUGAUGGCUAACUCCACUAGCAUCUCUGUACCUAUAGACUAAGACUAGCUGACCUAGCCUGUUGAUGGCUAACUCCACUAGCAUCUCUGUACCCAUAGACUCAUACUAGCUGACCUAGCCUCUCUGCUGUACCCUGUAGACUCCACGAAGGUACAAAAAUACUGUAUGUCUCCAUUCACCACCAGCAAACUGAAGAACACUGGAGACUUCUCUCUUUUAAGGAUCUCUCUCUCUCUCUCUCUCUCUCUGUCCUCACCUGGAUGUGUAGCUGACUGGCUAGAUAGUGCUUGGCCUGCAAGUGGAACCAGCUAACUGAUGAACAGUGGAGAUCUCUCUCUUUAAGGAAGCUGACUGGCUAGCUAGUUCUAGAAUGUUAGGACGUAGUGCAUUGAACCACGGACUACGACUGUUAAAACACCAAUUACGGGCAGUGCUGAAAUGUAGAUUGUAUUGUGCUCUGCAGCAACAGACUCCACUUCAAUGUGUUGUAAAUAGAAACAGACAGACAGGCUGACAGUAUAUGUUGUUACAAUGAGUAGAAACAGACAGAUGGACGGACGGACGGACAGACAGAUGGACGGACUGAGAGUAUGUGUACCACCAGAUGGGAACGGUGGUAGUCUCUGCUUAGUUAUUCGGGUCAAAACCACCCCCCCCCCCUCCACCAUGCAGGGAUGGCCUGGGACCAGAAACUGGACCGGCAUUUAUAAUACACACCGAUCCAUGGCCAGUCCAUCUCCGCUACCACGAAUGUGUCUGUACCAGUGCUAACUACCAACCAAAUGGAACAAUGGAUAACAUAACAGUAUUAUCUCAAGGAAGCACCUUUAUACUCCGGUCCAGUUUUUUUUUCAAUACAAACUUUUACCAGCACAUGAUGUCCAACAGUCUUUAGAUACCAGGAUUUUUUCAGAUGAUUUUUAAAGGAUGUUUGAUAAACUGUUUCAGUUUUACCAGCAAACAAUAACACUUAACAGAAGCGCUUCCAAUCCAGACUGAAUCCAAAUCCGUUCCAGUCUUCCGCUCUCUCUACAUGGAUAUUACCUGUGGGUAGGGUAUGUACAUGUACCCCCCUUAACCGUUGAUUCAGGGGGUUCAAAUGUAUCAAAACACAUAUUUUGGAUUGAUUGAUCUACAAAUAAUAACUGGGAGGCAGGUAGCCUAUCGGUUAGAGCGUUGGGAUUAGUAACCCGAAAGGUUGCUAGUUUGAAUCCCCCCCGAGCCGACAGGGUGAAAAACAAAUCUGUCCUACUGCUCUUGAGCAAGGUACUUAACCUUAACUGGUCUAGGGUCGCUGUCAAUAAUGGUUAAUCCCCCUUCGUCGUGACCCCACUCUCUGAGAGUGUCUCAGGGAGAGUUGGGAUAUGCAACAAACAAAAAAAUAUUUAAAAAAAUUCAAUUCACACUUAAAAUAAGAGAUAUAUAUAUAUAUAUACUGUAAGUACACACGAAUAGAGUACCAUUUGUGACACAGACACCGGGAUGUAAAAAUACCGACCACAGGAAUUGUUGUUUGUUGUUUUCUAAGUGAUAUUUGUAAACAUAUUUAUUGGCCUUUUUGUAUACUUUAUCUACUUUACCAAGCAUGUCUUCCAGUCUUUACCUCUCGCUGUCUGGAGCCUGGGGGUUUACGGUUCCAUCCCAGGUUUUCCGGAAAUCCUUGUCAUUCCCAGAAUAAGCAGGAAAUUCUGAAUCCUUCAACCAGGAUUUCUUGAAAACCUAGGCAUUUUGGUGGAACAUUUUUGCAACCCUGCGUAGAGUAGUUGUGAUGUUUAUCAGACCUGGGUUUCAAAUACAAAAAAAAAUAAAAAAUCUCAAUAAAUAGAUUUAAAAUACUUUUAUCUGUGGCUGUUUGAGCUUGCCUGGCUUAAUUAACUGAAUGAAAAGUCCCGAAAAGGACUCACCCAACCCGUCCAUUCACUCCAGGCAGACUCAAUGAAAACGCUGAAAGUAUUUGAAACAAUUUGUCUCGUAUUUGAAACCAGGUUUGCUGCUUAUGCUCUGUAUUAAUAACAGGAGAAAACGUUUUUUUUUUUUUUUUUAAAAACAGAGUGAAACAGAGACAUGCUAGCCGGGCUGUAUUCAUUCCACCAAACAAAACGUUUUGUUUAGUUUUGCAACUAGAACAAGAGUUUCUAUUGGACAAAAUUCAGGUAGGUUCCUCCCCGUUUCGUUCUGUUGGACAAAACGUUUUGCAACUAAAACAUUUUGUUUGGCGGAAUGAAUACAGCCCAGAACUAAUUAACCUACUGAAUGGGACACAGAUUUGUAACAAACAAAAAAAUAUAUAAACGCAACUCUGGUCUGACCAAUAGGAGAAGAGUAGAAUGUGACGCUUCUACCUUUGGACCAAUAGGUGACAGAGAUAUGGGAUGUCAUUUCUCUACCUGGCCAAUAGAGGGAGUUUGGAGGGGGGGGGGGUGUCAAAAAUGAGAGAGUGUGUAUUUCAUUGUAAUAUGUCGAUUUGUUCAGAACUGGUGAAACGUUCAGAACGCUGCAGAUAAAUACAGUUUCAAGACACAAUGAUUGUGUAUUCUCCAUGACAUAGAAGAAUGUAUUUUCUGCGUGAUAUAUUUCUAUCUGAGCGUUCUGUAAUGUUGCCCCAAGUAACCACACUAUCACCUCUGUACAUUAAACUAGACAGAAACUGUUUGUCUUGGGAGUAGUGUAGAUUCAAUUAGAGAGAAACUAUUUAUCUUGGGAGUAGUGUAGAUUCAUCUAGAGAGAAACUCUUUAAAACGACUGGGAUCUUUUUCAGUCUCUAGCUCUAACCAGGUUUCUGUGAUUAGUCAAAACCACAAUUCUUAUUGGUGCACACCUUUUCUACCCAUUUCUCAAUAGUUGGUAUUCAGAUUUACCCUAUGCAGGUGUAGUAUUCAUUCAAUAGGGUUUUCAGUACAUUUAUCUAAAGCCAUCCCUUUAAAUUCGGUGUACCUUUAAUUCUAUUUUUUUUAUUUGUCCACAGACUACAUGGAGAGAACAGUUCAGAAUAUUAGGGACCAAUCAAAGAAAGCCAUCUGUAAUGAACAAAAAAAAUAAAAGCAACAUGUUAAGUGUUAGUCUUAGUUUCAUGAGCUGAAAUAAAAGAUCCCAGAAAUGUUUCAUGCGCACAAAAAGCUAAUUUCUCUAUAAUUACGUGCACAAAUUAAUUUAUUUUGAGCAUUUCUCCUUUGCCAACAUAAUCCAUCCACCUGACAGGUGUAGGAUAUCCAGAAGCUGAUUAAACAGCAUGAUCAUUACACAGGUGCACCUUGUGCUGGGGGACAAUAAAAGGCCACUCUAAAAGGUGCAGUUUUGUCGCACAACACAAUGCCACAGAUGUCUCAAGUUUUGAGGGAGCGUGCAAUUGGCAUGCUGACUGCAGGAAUGUCCACCAGAGCUGUUGCCAGAUAAUUGAACAUUCAUUUCCGUACCAUAAGCCAUCUCCAAAAUCAUUUUAGAGAAUUUGGCAGUACAUCCAACCGGCCUCACAACCUCAGACCACGUGUAACCACGCCAGCCCAGGACCUCCACAUCCGGCUUCUUCACCUGUUGGGGGUCGUCUGAGACCAGCCACCUGGACAGCUGAUGAAACUGUCGGUUUGUACAACCGAAGAAUUUCUGCACAAACUGUCAGAAUCCGUCUCAGGGAAGCUCAUCUGCGUGCUCGUCGUUCUCACCAGGGUCUGACUGCAGUUUGGCAUCGUAACCGACAGUGGGCAAAUGCUCACCUUCGAUGGCCACCGACAUGCAGGAGAAGUGUGCUCUUCAUGGGUGAAUGCCGGUUUUAACUGUACCGUCUACGGACAACGAAUACAAUUGCAUUUUUAUCGAAGGCAAUUUGAAUGCACAGAAAUCCCAUGACGAAAUUCUGAGGCCCUUUGUCGUGCCAUUCAUCCUCCUCCAUCACCUCAUGUUUCAGCAUGAUAAUGCACGGCCCCAUGUCGCAAGGAUCUGAACACAAUUCCUGGAAGCUGAAAAUAUCCCAGUUCUUCCAUGACCUGCAUAUUCAACAGAAAUGUCACCCAUUGAGCAUGUUUGGGAUGCUCUGUAUCGACGUGUACGGCAGCGUGUUCCAGUUGCCGCCAAAAUAUCCAGCAACUUCACACAGCCAUUGAAGAGGAGUGGGACAACAUUCCAACAGGCCACAAUCUACAGCCUGAUCAACUCUAUGUGAAGGAGAUGUGUCACGCUGCAUGAGGCAAAUGGUGGUCACACCAGAUACUGACUGGUUUUCUGAUCCACACCCUUAAUUAUUUUUAAGGUACAGUAUCUGUGAUCAACAGAUGCAUCAGUCAUGUGAAAUCCAUAGAUUAGGGCCUAAUGAAUUUGUUUUAAUUGACUGAGUUCCUCAUAUGAACUGUAACUCAGUAAAAAAAUUGAAAUUGUUGCAUGUUAUAUUUUUGUUCAGUGUAAAUACACUCAUAUUGGCGCCUUUUCGGCACCAAUUGGUAGAUAAAAAAGUAUUAGUAUUUAAAAAAGCACCAAGGAGAAAUAAAUUCGCCAUUUCCUGUUUGCAAAAAGUGUAAUAGCUCGCAUAAUUUCAGUUUGUGACAAAACAAGAAAGUUUAGUGUAGAGAAUCAUUGUACCAUCUAAACCGCUGUGAGAUAUAUUUUCCAUAACCAAAAAAUAUUGCAUAUUCAGCUGUUUGAAGCUGAUGUAGAAAAACCGAAAGUUAAAUAUGCACAAAUGAACGUUAAGACCGGGAGGAAUAGAAAUAGAGCACAUAGAACAGAUCUACCACUAUUUAGACUUGCUUUCAAUGAGAAUGACAGGUUACCCAAAAAGGUACAUAUUGCAGCUUUAAUGUUAGGAAAGUAUUCAUUAAUAAUAAAAAAAAACGGGUUAGAGACCCUUUAUGCACGAAAAAAAAACGGUGGUUUGAUUCAUUCGGGAAAAAUUGACACAUUCAGUUCUUCAACCCAUGGUAAUGUUGGAAUAUGUGUGUGCGUAUAACUAUAAUAGGGGAAUUAGUGUACAAUAGUAGGCUAUACACUCUUCUAUUGCCUGCAUUAACCAUGGAACUGUGUAAAUGACACAAUCAAGUGUUGCGCCAUGCUUCCGGUUCAAACUGUUACGGCUUGGUCUGCGUUCCGCUCCAUAGCGAUGUAAUUAACCAAUGUGAUCAACCACACUUCCGUGAUGGCGUUUUACCGACGAAGCAAAUUAAGGUAUUUAAUUAAAAUAUUGGAGAUUGCCCAAAGGUCAAAUUUCACAUGCUCACAUGAAAGUUUCAAGUUAAAAAUUACAAUUUAAAUUCUACAUAAUGGCACAAUAUUUCAUAAAAAUCACAUCACUGUGGGAAAGUUGAUCUGUUUCAGUUUGCUGCCAUUUUGACUGGUUUCACAUUUGUCUCCAGCGAUUUCUAAGGUAAAAACAGAUCUAAAACUAUUGCAAUUUAUAUUUACAAUCCCCUUAUUCCAACGGAUUAUUCAUUUACCAAAUUCUUAUCAAUAGCUCUUAUAAAUAUGUAAAUUAGGCCCUACAGUGCAUGAAGAAUUGUGUUAUUUCAAUCGGGGGUAAAAAAAUAAAUAAAAAAUAAGAUGUUUGUCACACUUGGAACCGACAGGUUGCUUGAUUUUAUUCAUCGUUUCAUCACGCGUAAAGGUGGUGGAAUUACGAGGGAAUUAAAUCAAGGUCAGAAUACGACGUAUCUGUAGACAUACCUCUGCCGCGCCUCAAUUUAUGCGAUCUCUACCACAAACGAAUAGCUUGGCUGAAACAUCAUCAAAUCAAAUGUAUUUAUAUAGCCCUUCUUACAUCAGCUGAUAUCUCAAAGUGCUGUACAGAAACCCAGCCUAAAAACCCCCCAAACAGCAAGCAAUGCAGGUGUAGAAGCACGGUAGCUAGGAAAACCUCCCCUAGAAAGGCCAAAACCUAGGAAGAAACCUAGAGAGGAACCAGGCUAUGAGGGGUGGCUAGGAAAAACUCCCCUAGAAAGGCCAGAACCUUAGGAAGAAACCUAGAGAGGAACCAGGCUAUGAGGGGUGGCUAGGAAAAACUCCCCUAGAAAGGCCAAAACCUAGGAAGAAACCUAGAGAGGAACCAGGCUAUGAGGGGUGGCUAGGAAAACUCCCCUAGAAAGGCCAAAACCUAGGAAGAAACCUAGAGAGGAACCAGGCUAUGAGGGGUAACAUGAGUCACAUUGUAAUUAAGUUCCAUUUACUCACGCAUAACUCGGAUCAGGAAUCGGGCUAAUGGUGAUGGACAACACAACCUUUACCAGAGGAGGCUCCUCCAGUGGAGGAAGAGGAGUACGGUCUUCCUCAUGACAUUGACAACACUGUGUUUACAUUAUAAAACACUCUCUAGAUAUAAAUGACUCAUACAGGAAACCUGGUUCUUGCUGUUGACUGAAUAGGACCCAUAGAAAAGUUAUGUAGAAUACUUGAGAGAGAAAACAGAAAGUGUUUACAUAGCUAUGACAAUGUUUGGACAAUUAUGAAAAACAACAGUAUGUGAAGGUAGAUCUCUGCCUACCCGAAAGGCCCAGAGGAACAUUUUUACUUUCGCUGGUCAUAGGAGUAACAGCAUGAAUUGGUACAUGAGGCACAAGUAAUGCAGUGCAAUUUAGUCUUCCAGCCGUUGGCGAAACUUAUGUCCCCUUUUCUCAGCGGAGGGAGGGAGAGAGGAGGGAGGGAGAGCCUGGUGAGAGACAGCCAAACUGCUGCUCCCUCCCUCCUCUCUCCCUCCCUCCUCUCAGACUAACCAUCAGAUGCAGGUCAUCAGUCCAAUAAAAAAAAAAAAUUAUAUGAUUAUGCUCAGUCAGCUGUAACCUCACAAGUGAUACAACAAAUGAUCUAUUACCAGUUUGAUCAUAUACCAACAUUUUAUAUAUAAAAUGUCAAAAUGGUCCCAGAAGAAUAACAUUGGCAGGGCAAGUCAAGCAUAGCCAGUAUACAGUGAUAAUGUAUUGAGCCUAUAGCUUACUACUGUACAUUAACCAAUUAAAAAACAGUUCUGGAUCAAUGAGGUUCAUGAAUGAGGUUCAUUGAUCCAGAACUGUUUUUAAAUUGGUUAAUGUUGCAUAGGCUUACGGUUGAUCUCAGCUUGCAUUUUGACUCUGAAAAAAGGUUGGCGACCACUGUAAUAGAGGAAACCAUGAAUUAAAUAUUUUGUCGGAUCUAAAAAAAAAAUAUCUAGGAUUCUUUCAAGGAAUUAUAAAUUGAUCAAAAAAAAAACGACAUCACUAAAAGAUGCUGAAGGAUAACUAUUUAAUAUGAAUUAUUUAAAACUGUUUAAUACUCUUUCAAGUCUUUUUGGUGGAAUGUUUUGAUACUAUUGCCUCUUGUAAUAUUACCAGCUAUGGACAGUUUAUUAUGUUCAUCUGUAUACAUGUUUACAUUUACGGGGCUUUCAGGAAAUGUAGCACUUAGAUUCUGUGUUAUUUUAAAGUCGGGCUGAAUCUCCAGCACUCUUGAUAUGAACUUGUAAACAAACCAGCCAGCUUUGAAAAAAGUACUAAAACGUAAUGGUGCUCUGUUACAAAGCGUAUAACAUAAGAUAACUUACUAUAUAAGAUAAUAUACCAUGAUGAUGUAUAUUGAGCCCAACAUGUUUCCAGUGUUGUCCAGCAUACUGAAGGUCCUCUGUCUAUGUAACUCUCUGGGUCCUUUAAAGUCAACUACUCAACCAUGACUGUUAUUAUAAGUUUAUACAUGUUUAUUAAGCAGUUUACACAUGUUUAUUAAGCAGUUUAUACAUGUUUAGUAAGCAGUUUAUACAUGUUUAGUAAGCAGUUUAUACAUGUUUAGUAAGCUGUUUAUACAUGUUUAUUAAGCAGUUUAUACAUGUUUAUUAAGCAGUUUAUACAUGUUUAGUAAGCUGUUUACACAUGUUUAUUAAGCAGUUUAUACAUGUUUAUUAAGCAGUUUAUACAUGUUUAUUAAGCAGUUUACACAUGUUUAGUAAGCAGUUUAUACAUGUUUAUUAAGCAGUUUAUACAUGUUUAUUAAGCAGUUUAUACAUGUUUAUUAAGCAGUUUAUACAUGUUUAUACACACAUUAUACACACGAUAAUCAGGAACUGGUUCUGCACUGACUCCACUGUGUCCUGUGGACAUCUCUUGAGGGAUUCCCAAAUGGCACCCUAUUCCCUACAUAGUGCACUACCUAUGGGCCCUUGUCAAAAGUACUGCACUAUAUAGGGUACCAUUUGUGACGCAUUCCUCCCUAGCUGAACAACUGAAUGUCUAUCGUAGAGGGUCAUAAGGGUAACUCACCUGUUGUUAUACUAGCCACUACCUGGUCAUUAAACUAGCCACCACCUGGUCAUUAAACUAGCCACCACCUGGUCAUUAAACUAGCCACCACCUGGUCAUUAAACUAAACCACCUGGUCAUUAAACUAGCCACCACCUGGUCGUUAAACUAGCCACCACCUGGUCAUUAAACUAAACCACCCGGUCAUUAAACUAGCCACCACCUGGUCAUUAAACUAGCCACCACCUGGUCGUUAAACUAGCCACCACCUGGUCAUUAAACUAAACCACCUGGUCAUUAAACUAAACCACCUGGUCAUUAAACUAGCCACCACCUGGUCAUUAAACUAAACCACCUGGUCAUUAAACUAGCCACCACCUGGUCAUUAAACUAGCCACCACCUGGUCGUUAAACUAGCCACCACCUGGUCAUUAAACUAGCCACCACCUGGUUGUUAAACUAGCCACCACCUGGUCAUUAAACUAAACCACCUGGUCAUUAAACUAGCCACCACCUGGUCAUUAAACUAGCCACCACCUGGUCGUUAAACUAGCCACCACCUGGUCAUUAAACUAAACCACCUGGUCAUUAAACUAGCCACUACCUGGUCAAUAAACUAGCCACCACCUGGUCAUUAAACUAAACCACCUGGUCAUUAAACUAGCCACCCUGGUCAUUAAACUAGCCACCACCUGGUCAUUAAACUAAACCACCUGGUCAUUAAACUAGCCACCACCUGGUCAUUAAACUAGCCACCACCUGGUCAUUAAACUAGCCACCACCUGGUCAUUAAACUAAACCACCUGGUCAUUAAACUAGCCACUACCUGGUCAUUAAACUAAACCACCUGGUCAUUAAACUAAACCACCUGGUCAUUAAACUAAACCACCUGGUCAUUAAACUAGCCACCACCUGGUCAUUAAACUAGCCACUACCUGGUCAUUAAACUAAACCACCUGGUCAUUAAACUAAACCACCUGGUCAUUAAACUAAACCUCCUGGUCAUUAAACUAGCCACCACCUGGUCGUUAAACUAGCCACCACCUGGUCAUUAAACUAGCCACCACCUGGUCAUUAAACUAGCCACCACCUGGUCAUUAAACUAAACCACCUGGUCAUUAAACUAGCCACCACCUGGUCAUUAAACUAGCCACCACCUGGUCAUUAAACUAAACCACCUGGUCAUUAAACUAGCCACCACCUGGUCAUUAAACUAAACCACCUGGUCAUUAAACUAGCCACCACCUGGUCGUUAAACUAGCCACCACCUGGUCAUUAAACUAGCCACCACCUGGUCGUUAAACUAGCCACCAUCUGGUCAUUAAACUAGCCACCACCUGGUCAUUAAACUAGCCACCACCUGGUCAUUAAACUAGCCACCACCUGGUCAUUAAACUAAACCACCUGGUCAUUAAACUAGCCACCACCUGGUCAUUAAACUAGCCACCACCUGGUCAUUAAACUAAACCACCUGGUCAUUAAACUAGCCACCACCUGGUCAUUAAACUAGCCACCACCUGGUCAUUAAACUAGCCACCACCUGGUCAUUAAACUAGCCACUACCUGGUCAUUAAACUAAACCACCUGGUCAUUAAACUAAACCCCCUGGUCAUUAAACUAGCCACCACCUGGUCAUUAAACUAGCCACCACCUGGUCAUUAAACUAGCCACUACCUGGUCAUUAAACUAAACCACCUGGUCAUUAAACUAGCCACCACCUGGUCAUUAAACUAGCCACCACCUGGUCAUUAAACUAGCCACCACCUGGUCAUUAAACUAGCCACCACCUGGUCAUUAAACUAGCCACCACCUGGUCAUUAAACUAAACCACCUGGUCAUUAAACUAGCCACCACCUGGUCAUUAAACUAGCCACCACCUGGUCAUUAAACUAGCCACCACCUGGUCGUUAAACUAGCCACCACCUGGUCAUUAAACUAAACCACCUGGUCAUUAAACUAGCCACCACCUGGUCAUUAAACUAGCCACCACCUGGUCAUUAAACUAAACCACCUGGUCAUUAAACUAAACCACCUGGUCAUUAAACUAAACCACCUGGUCAUUAAACUAGCCACCACCUGGUCAUUAAACUAAACCACCUGGUCAUUAAACUAAACCACCUGGUCGGGACCAGGUACAUACAGGCCAGGUUAGGACCAGGUACAUACAGGUCAGGACCAGGUACAUACAGGUCAGGUCAGGACCAGGUACGUACAGGUCAGAACCAGGUACAUACAGGUCAGGUCAGGACCAGGUACAUACAGGUCAGGACCAGGUACAUACAGGUCAGGACCAGGUACAUACAGGUCAGGACCAGGUACAAACAGGUCAGGACCAGGUACAUACAGGUCAGGUUAGGACCAGGUACAUACAGGUCAGGACCAGGUACAAACAGGUUAGGACCAGGUACAUACAGGUCAGGACCAGGUACAUACAGGUCAGGUUAGGACCAGGUACAUACAGGUCAGGACCAGGUACAUACAGGUCAGGACCAGGUACAUACAGAUCAGGACCAGGUACAUACAGGUCAGGACCAGGUACAUACAGGUCAGGUUAGGACCAGGUACAUACAGGUCAGGACCAGGUACAUACAGGUCAGGACCAGGUACAUACAGGUCAGGACCAGGUACAUACAGGUCAGGUCAGGACCAGGUACAAACAGGUGAGGACCAGGUACAUACAGGUCAGGACCAGGUACAAACAGGUCAGGACCAGGUACAAACAGGUCAGGUCAGGACCAGGUACAAACAGGUCAGGACCAGGUACAUACAGGUCAGGUCAGGACCAGGUACAUACAGGUCAGGACCAGGUACAUACAGGUCAGGACCAGGUACAAACAGGUCAGGACCAGGUACAUACAGGUCAGGACCAGGUACAUACAGGUCAGUACCAGGUACAUACAGGUCAGGUUAGGACCAGGUACAUACAGGUCAGGACCAGGUACAUACAGGUCAGGACCAGGUACAAACAGGUCAGGACCAGGUACAAACAGGUCAGGACCAGGUACAUACAGGUCAGGACCAGGUACAAACAGGUCAGGACCAGGUACAUACAGGUCAGGACCAGGUACAUACAGGUCAGGACCAGGUACAUACAGGUUAGGACCAGGUACAUACAGGUCAGGUUAGGACCAGGUACAUACAGGUCAGGACCAGGUACAAACAGGUCAGGACCAGGUACGUACAGGUCAGGACCAGGUACAUACAGGUCAGGACCAGGUACAUACAGGUCAGGUCAGGACCAGGUACAUACAGGUCAGGACCAGGUACAAACAGGUCAGGACCAGGUACAUACAGGUCAGGACCAGGUACAUACAGGUCAGGACCAGGUACAUACAGGUCAGGUCAGGACCAGGUACAUACAGGUCAGGACCAGGUACAUACAGGUCAGGACCAGGUACAUACAGGUCAGGACCAGGUACAUACAGGUCAGGUCAGGACCAGGUACAUACAGGUCAGGACCAGGUACAUACAGGUCAGGUCAGGACCAGGUACGUACAGGUCAGGACCAGGUACAUACAGGUCAGGUUAGGACCAGGUACAUACAGGUCAGGUCAGGACCAGGUACAUACAGGUCAGGACCAGGUACAGGUAGUGCUAAACAGAUGGAACCAUUCUCCAGACCGGCUGUAUGUUGACGUCAUGGAGAUAGCAUAGAGAUACGUUAACGUUUAUGAUUGACAGAUGAAACAGACUGAGGUGGUUGUGCAGGUCAGGUCCUGAUGAGCAGAUAGAAACCACAUCUCAGCAGACUGUAUAGGGCCACUCAGGGUCUAUCCAGGGUGACCAUGACACAUUUAGGCCCAGUUCCCUCCUUUGACUAUGUUUUUUAAAAUUUUAUUAGUCUAGGACAAUGUUUAAUCAGUGUCCAGGAAACUGGCCUUUUUUUGUUUGUUUUAGGUGUGACCAAUGGCAAUAACAUUUAACACUUAUUGAGGAUGUCCAUGUUGACUCAAUACACUAGGAGUUAAUAUAAUAAAUAGUAAUUCAUAUAAAUAAUUAAUAAAAAUAGGUCUGGUCAACCAUUUAUGAUGUUUUGUUUUGAGGAAGAAUUAGGACUCUUUUUACCUGUUGUCUUUCGUCAAUCUCUGAUUGUACAUUUGAGUGUAAAUAAAUCAAACACACACAGCAGAAAGCAUGUUUUCCGUCUUUACUCUUCCUUUCCCUUCCUUUCCCUUCCUUCCUUCCUUCCUUCCUUCCUUCCUUCCUUCCUUCCUUCCUUCCUUCCUUCCUUCCUUCCUUCCUUCCUUCCUUCCUUCCUUCCUUCCUUCCUUCCUUCCUUCCUUCCUUCCUUCCUUCCUUCCUUCCUUCCACUCUCUCUUUCUCUUCUCUCCUUACCUUUUUUUUGUAAUGGUCAUCUGUAACCAGUAGCAUAGAAGCAUAGAAGCGCUAGAAACAAACGAGGAAUGGAAUAAUACACAUGUACUGUCUGUAAAAAAACAUAUGUCUUUCUUGGCACUUUCCCCUGGGAUAUGAAGCUAAUAAACACUAUUAUAAAAGAA